CGUCUCGCCGGAUUUCAUGUGUGUGUGCUGUUCACUUUCCACAGACAUGAGGGGCUGAACAUCUCUCAUUAUCCGGCAAAGUGACUCUAAUGGGCAUAAACAAACCUUUCUUUUUGAUCAGGCCAUUUAACAGGUCCAUCGACGCCACGUCUUUAAAAGCAUAGCGACUUGUAGUCCCCUGAAAAGGAAUAUAUUUAGAGCUGUUGUUGAUUUAAGUUACUAAAGAUGUCUAUACUGCCUUUCACGCCACCGAUUGUAAAGAGACUUCUGGGCUGGAAGAAGGGCGAGCAGAAUGGACAGGAGGAGAAAUGGUGCGAGAAGGCAGUGAAGAGUCUGGUGAAGAAGUUGAAGAAGACAGGACAGCUGGAGGAGUUGGAGAAGGCCAUCACCACCCAGAAUAUCAACACCAAAUGCAUCACUAUACCAAGGUCUCUGGAUGGCCGUCUACAGGUAUCUCACAGGAAAGGCCUCCCCCAUGUGAUCUACUGCCGGCUGUGGCGUUGGCCUGACCUGCAGUCCCACCAUGAACUGCGUGCCGUAGACUUGUGCGAGUUUGCUUUCCACAUGAAGAAGGACGAGGUGUGUGUGAACCCUUACCACUACCAACGUGUGGAGACACCAGUUUUGCCUCCGGUCCUGGUUCCUCGGCAUGCUGAUAUCCCCACAGACUUCCCUCCGCUGGAUGAUUACUCCAUCCCUGAGAACACCAUAUUCCCAGCGGGCAUUGAGCCUCCGAGCAACUAUAUACCGGAGACCCCACCUCCGGGCUACCUAAGUGAGGAUGGGGAAACCAGUGACCACCAAAUGAACCACAGCAUGGACACAGGUUCCCCAAAUCUUUCACCCAACCCUGUCUCUCCUGCAAACAGCAACCUAGAUCUGCAGCCGGUAACAUAUUGUGAAUCCGCAUUUUGGUGCUCGAUUUCCUACUACGAGCUGAAUCAGCGUGUGGGCGAGACUUUCCACGCCUCGCAACCGUCUCUGACCGUGGACGGCUUUACGGACCCGUCUAACGCCGAGCGCUUCUGCCUGGGCCUGUUCAACGUCAACCGCAACACAGCCGUGGAGAUGACGCGCAGACACAUCGGCCGAGGCGUGCGCUUGUAUUACAUCGGCGGUGAGGUGUUUGCUGAGUGUCUGAGCGACAGUGCUAUUUUCGUCCAGAGUCCCAACUGUAACCAGCGGUAUGGCUGGCACCCCGCCACAGUGUGUAAGAUUCCUCCAGGUUGUAAUCUGAAGAUCUUCAAUAAUCAGGAAUUUGCAGCUCUAUUGGCCCAAUCAGUGAAUCAGGGAUUCGAGGCCGUGUACCAGCUUACCCGCAUGUGCACCAUUCGCAUGAGUUUUGUCAAAGGCUGGGGGGCAGAAUACAGGAGGCAGACAGUGACCAGCACCCCCUGCUGGAUAGAGCUGCAUCUCAACGGCCCCCUGCAAUGGCUGGACAAGGUGCUCACUCAGAUGGGCUCUCCAAACCUCCGCUGCUCGAGCGUGUCAUAGGACGAACCCUCCGCCCAUUACCAUUUAAUGACAUCCAGGACCCACCCUCUAUUGCUGCUUAAUGCCAAGCAAACAAACAGAGCAAAAUCAAGGACAGGGGAGAAAACACCUGCUGGACUCCUCAGUUUCACUUUUUCAAUUACAGAUCCCAGUGUUUUGCUCUGGGCAAAAUUGACACGAACAGUUGAAGCACUUUGAACUAUGACACUCUGAUAUUUCCUCCGUGUGAUGAGUUUAAAAUGAGGCAUUUUCCUCAUUGUGAAUUUAAAUGUGAUAGUGAAGUUAUGAUUCUGUCUUUUUUGUUUUUAUCAAGAAGUGUAUCACGCAUUUAAUUUGAUCUUAAGGUAUUAGAAUCAUGGGCUCAUAAUAUGAUUGCUCAAAAUCAUAAAUGUCCUCAUGGACAUUUCUGGCGACGUAGUGCAGAACCAGACAAGCCUUCAGAGAAGAGUGUUUUGUUUGCACAACCUUCAGUGAAGGGGUCGUGUGUGAACCGCUACAGUGUGUCUUUGUCUAGUUGUUUGUGUGUAGUUUUGCUCAAGUAAAUUGCACUGCACUGGACAGGUCAAAACAAUGUGAUUGCGAUUGCUGUCUGUCUCUAAUGCACGGUCAACCAGGUUAUACUUCUGACAGGAACUGAGUAUGUAAAAAUUAUAAAAAGUUACUUUGCCUUGAUUAUGAAUAGCACUUGUUUUUACUAACCAAUGACGCCAUGAACAAGAAAAUAGCAUUGGAAAUUUGUCAACGACAAAUGCAAAUAGUGCCAUAUUUCUUGAACUUGGUUACCAUUUGAAUUUUGCUCAGCAAAGACAUUUUUGUAAAAAGUAUUUUUGCAUAAUAAACCGAAUGGCGAUUGCGAAAGU